AUGGCGACUGACAGCCGAGGAUCCCGUCUACUUUCGGAUUUAAAUUCUGCUUUUCGACGAGAUCCUGACAUAGACGAAUAUGACUUCCUGCCAGUUUUGGAACCUAAACACAACAGAAGUCCUCUUAUCCUCCAGGAACACAAACUUGGACUCGAGAUGUGGAGCGUCAAAAUUCUCUACGAUCACGCCUAUAAUACUCUUAUGGCUUGGCGCCAAAAAGAAGCACAUGCCAAAUUUCUUGAUCCUUUUGACCUGAUAAGUCUUAGCAGAGCAGUAGUUUUGGUUAAUGCAGAUUGUUUAACAGUCUGGAAUAUAAGGAAAGAGCUGGUGGAAUCGUCAGACCUUAAUAUUAUAGACGAUCUCAAGUUUGGAGCCCUUGUUUUGUCCAGACAUCCCAAAAGUCCAGAGACAUUCUGCCACAGGAAAUGGCUCCUCAGACGGUAUGUUGAUUGCUGCCUUAGCUCCAGUAAUGGGAGCACUACAAGUACAGGGAGUUUAUACAACGACUUUGUCAACAUGGAUGCCAUAGACUUCGACCUGGAAGCUGAUGCAAAUAACUUCCUUUUAAUGGACAAUAAUGUACACGGCGGCAUGAACCAGCAGCCAGACUUUCAUGAAGUGAUGCGUCGUGAGAUAAAUGUUUGUCGCAAGGCUGCGGAGAAGUACCCAUGUAACUAUAAUGCUUGGAACCACCGCAGCUGGGUUAUUCAGAACUGCUACAACUGUACCCUCCAGGUGUUGGUUGGAGAGCUACAUGCAGCUGAGCCAUGGGUGAGACGACAUGUCUCGGAUCACAGUGGAUUUCACUACAGACAGUAUCUUCUAACUAACAUACACAAACAGGCGGAUGCUCUAAGGGAGCAGUUCUCCCUCAGCUACAGAAGUCUCAUCAACAAGGAAAUGCAAAUUGUGGUGGACUUGCUGAAGUCUUACACUGGCCAUGAGGCUAUAUGGUACCACAGGAGGUAUGUGUUCCAAGCUCUGUGUAAAGUCUGUGAUGCAGAAACUGUCGCUGUCGAGAUGAUAUCCUUGCCAAAUGGAUAUGAUCAAGAUCUUCCCAUCAAAACCAGUCAGAAGAAAACCAAGCUUGAAAAUGAGCGACAAGUUCUCUUGUUAAAGGAAGUUGACUUGGUGUCUAGAAACCAUAUGACAACUAAAGACACUUUUGAAAAAGGCUUGGCACAAAAAUACCUGGACUGGAUACAGAAGUCUUGUCGCAGCUGAUAUUAGUAGGUGGGUAGAUACCCUAUAGAGUUGGCCUACAAAACCUCACACUUCUCAGCCUGUCGUAAGCUUGAACAUGUUCCACUUUUAACUUGAACUCUGUCAAUACAAAAGAAGUUAAAAACGUUUUAACGCUUGGUUUUAGGCUUUAAUUUGCUUCUUGUCAACAAGUUUCAGAGAAUUGUUUUAACAGCAUUACCCAAUACCUGAUCUAUAUGGUCCACACAUUACCACCUGUGAUGUAUAUCAGUUCAGUCAAAAUGUUUUUAAAUUGUAUUUAUUUCAUUUUGUCCAAACUACUUUGAAAAUACAUAUUGAAUUGAUGUCCAUUACAACCAUGAAGUAUGCCGAGACUUGAAUAGCUGUUUGGAUGUCUUUCAGGUAGCAAGGCCAGGCUUUACACUUCAUUGUCAGUUUUCACCGCAAACAGGGCCUGCCAGUUAUCAUAUUUCUGUUAUGUAUAGAUGUGUAUGCUUGUAUAUUUGGGUACUGUUGAGGGACAAAUGUAAAUUUGAGCUAUAUGGCUGAAUGAUUGAAAUAUACAAGAAACACUAAAUCUAGAUGAAGCUUUAUCAGUAUUUCAGAUUUAAAUGAAUUUCUCACUUCUCUUAAUGAGAUGUAUAUGAAAACAUUUUAUUUACAUAACAAGGUCAGAAACCAUAUUGUGAAAUGAGAUUUCCUGACUUUCUGCUGUGAUGAUGUCAAGCUUAACACAAUCAUAUUAUCAAGAUUUGGUAAAGCACAUAUUCUGAUAUUAGUCAUACCAAAAUAAGAAUUAACUGAUCAGUUUAUAUAUACAUGUAAAUUUUUUUUUUUUUCUGGUCAAACACCAGGUAUACUUUUUCCAGGAUGCAUUUAUUUGAAUUUUGAAAUUCCAGGAUUUAUUCGAGUGUUAAGUCUACUAAGCAUGCAUUACUUUGGAUUUUAAUCUUAAGUCGUCUCCUUGCUAUACUGUGUAUUACUUCUAGCACAGUCGACAUUCCUGUACACUUGUUACAAGUCCAUAUCUAAGGUUGACUUUUCUACUACCAUCAGUGUAUAGUGUUCUGUAUAGUGUUUCUGUACAAGUCAAUUUGAUGAGGAUUGAUUUGAAAUUAAAAAGCUGUUUUCAUUCACCUUUAAGUUCAAAAAUUUUACAAGACUUUUUUUUUCAUUAACAUUUGAAUCAUAAUUAAAUUGGUUAUUGGAUAAAAGUACAGCCACAGGCUCUCCCCUUAUCUGUCAGCAAACCCAAUAUAUAAUCUAUUUUUGAGAGUAUUGACAGGCGAGACAAGUACUUGUGACACUGCCAGAUGUUUGAGAAUUUCUUGAUAUUUGUUUUUAAUGUAAGAAUUUAAAGAAAAUUUAUGGUCAAUGUGUUGAUUCAAUUUUCCAUAAAGAAUAAAAGUUAUAAUAUUAGAAAAUAAAUAUUGAUAAGAAAAAAUAAAACUCCAUCAAAUUGUCCAUUCGAAGGCAAUAAGAGAAAAAAAGUCUUUUCGUGAGAGUAGAUCUGCAAAUUAAAUGAAAUGAUAAAAAUUGUGUAUGCAUGUGUUUUAAUUGGUUUGAUGAUAUUAUCUGUCAUCGUCUUUGUACUUGAUAUAUCUGUUUAAUGAUUUGUGAGGAACGAUAAUUGCCGUUAUGCUGCAUUUACAGUGUGAAUUAAUAUAAAGUUAAAUGUCUACAAGUGAUCUUGUUAUUGUUUGUUGAGUUUAAAUAUUUUAUAUAUUUGUUUAGGUGAUAAGUAUGUGUAAUGAAUGAAGGGAAACGAAUCUGCAAGAGUGAUCAACUGAUUUAGGAUAAGGAAUAAUACUGUAUCCUAUUUAAGUUUCAGUGCAAAUAAAAAUGAUCAUUAUUUAUACUUGUGUUUUUUUACCCAAUACAUCAAUUAUGUACGAUGUAUAGGAAUAAAUUUUCUGUAUGGUACAGAAGAUGGAUGAAAAUGAUUCCUGUGGUUGUGUAUACCUGUUUAAUUUAUUGGUAAUUCUUUUUUAUUAAACAUUUUUUGGAAAGCAAUACCGGUGAUAGCAUAAUGACUGAUGAAGUUUUUUGUGUGCUGAUCAUGAUUGGACUAGACUUAUUUUGGUGUUUUCAUUGCAACAUGAGGAGAAUACAAUGACUUUCGUUUGUUCUUUGAUAUUUCUUUUUGAGUUUAUGUCCCAAAUAUGUAACAAAAAAUCUAAAUUCUUAUUAAAUAAAUUUAUAAUAUCUUUUCUGAAAAAUGUUUAUAUAUUUGAAGCACAGAUAAAAAAAUUACAGCAAUACUUUCUUUAAAAAAAUGUGUGAAAACACUUGAUUAUCCUAGCUUGCUUAAACUGCCAAUAAUAUUCCAAAAUAAGCCGGGUAGUUUUAAGCACCAUAUUUGCCAAUAUACAACUGGAAGUUGAAUCUACCAGAUAAAUGCAAUAAAUGUAUAAACAUUAAGUCAAAACGUCAGUAGAAUUACGCAAGACUAGGUUUCUAGUGCUGAUAGUCUAUAUUUGACAAUACUGUCCUGGUAAAUAUGCUAAAAAAUAUCUGUUUCCACUAAUCCUACAGGACGUAAAUUUUUGUGCCUACCUUGAAGAUGUUUAAAGUCAAGAUUUCUUGUCUGUAUACCUUAGUAAAAAUUUAUUUGCUGCUCAAGCCUCAAGAGAUUAGACAUUUUCAUUAAUUUUACUUCAAAGUUGAGCAAAUAUUGUCAUCCAAAAUAGUACUUUUGAAAUAUGUUUUAAGAUUGUAUGAAAGCUAGUUGUGCCAAAUAGGUUCACAGAUACUAAUACUCACCAAAAUGUUUUAACUGUCUGGGUGUAUAUAUUACUGCAAUUUACCAAAUUACCUCAUUUUUUUAACAUGAUUACACCGGUAAUGUUUAUGACAUUACCAAUUUUGUUCAUUGUAAAGAAUUUAUAAAGACUCACCAGUAUGAUUGUGCCGGUUGUGUGUAUCAUGUAGAACUGAGAACGAUAAAUGUAAACUUACAUUUUAUGAACAGUAUACACAUGAUAAAAUGUUCAUAUGUUGGUAUAAGAGAUGAAUGUUAUCCAUUUAAUCUUAAUUAUACUGGGUAUAUACACAUCGUAAAUAUUAAAACAAAUGGGUUUAUAAAUUAAAUCAUUCUCUCAUUUUGUUUUAAAUUUUUUUUUUUUUUUUUUACUUUAUGUAUUUUAGGUCGUCUCUCUGUUGUAAAUCUACCGAACUAUUCAUACAUGUGUUUCACGAAUGUACAAGCUAAACCAAAUUGUAUAUUUCAUUUCAUGUUGAAACAUUGCAUACACCAGCAAAUACUAAUAAAAUCAAGCUAAAUAGCUAUGCAAUUAUUUUAGAAUGACAGAAUUGUAACAUUUCGUGUAACAUGUAUGGUAUAUGUUGCCGUUUUUAUGUUACUGUGGAUUUACUUCAAGAUUUUGCAUUUUAUAAUUAGAUGGUAUGUCAGUGAAAAUUGUCCUGAUUUUUAGCAUGCUUAAGGAAAAAAAAUUAGCAGUUAUCAAAAACCUUGUGGAUAAGUGGUUUGAAAGGACAUAAAUAUUUUAUCAAAGCAGUUUAAUGGUUCCAUAUGAGAACAAGUUUGAGCAUUCAAAAUUUUAUAUAAAUGUCCUGGACAUAUGAAGUGAGAGAGAUCGAAAGUAAUUCCUAUUCAGCUUAAUUCAGUCAUGUUCAGUUAAAUUAGUAGAGAAAUAAAUGUUACUUUUAUUAGAAAAUUUUAUUUUUCUUCAUUUUAUCUUAUCUUUUUGAAGGUUUAAUAGUAUAUUACCAUUUUAACAUUUUAAAGUCAAUUUGUAUGAACUAUUGGUGUCAUGGCAACGAAUCAUUACUAUAUUGUGGUAACAGCAUUUUGUGUAUAAUUUUCAUGUGAAUAGACUAUUUAUCACCACCAGUUUAUAUCAUAACCAUUUAUGUACUUGAUGAGUAAAGGGUUGUCUACUUCAUGCCGCUUUUUUUUCAGACAAAUGACUAGUUAAGUGUAUAUGAUUGUACAAAAUUCCAAUCAAAUUGACAUUUUUUUUUCGGAUGCACAAUAUAAUAGAGAAGGCCAGGCUUUGUUUAAGAGUUAAAACCUUAUCUCAUAAUGCAAGAGCCUAUGGGCCCAUUUUACCUAUUCAGAACUGACCUGUCAAAGGGUAUCUGGACACAUAUAUAACAAUAUUUGAUAUGAUAUAUAAUAUCACAUGUAAAUGAAAAUCAAUUCAAGAAUUCUGAAAAGUUCAGUACAGUAUAUUUGUAAAUUAAAAAAGACAGCGAAAACUUGUGUAAAUGACUCAUUUAGAAAUUUGAUCAAUAAUGAUUUGCUAUCCCUAUAAAACUGUACAUGUAUCAAAAUGUGAAGUUUGGCAAGAUUCCCUUAAAAAUUCCCCUUUUAUCCAUGUCGCUGACACGCGUGUAUCGUACAUCUUUUGCUAUGGCGAUGCUACCUCUUCAUCUUAUGUACAUAUGUCUGUGUAAGCUGAUUAUAUGUUGAUUUAUAAUGUGGUUUAAAAUAAACAACGUAAAUUUAUUAAUUCAAUUGUCUGGAUGCAAAGUGCAAUUUUUGUAUCCCACACCCUCCAUAAUAAAUAUUUUGUGAUUCGCUCCACUGA